GGGGUUUGCAGCGGUGGGGGGCAGGGGGUGCCCCCGGUGCUGCCCACGCCCCGGCCCCACCGUGCUGUGUCUUUGCCGCAGGAGAGCUUGCAGAGGAAGGAUCGCCCGGCCCCCCCCCGGCCCCCCCCGGCGCCCCCCGCCCCGGUCCGGCCCGGGAUGCUGCGUGGAGCUGAGCACUGAAGCGGGCGCCAUGGGGCGCGCGUCGUAGCCCCCCGCCGUGGCCCCCCCGCGCGUGGCACCGGUGGCAGAGCCCACUCGGUCGGUGCUGAGCGCUCCUUGAUGGAAUUGCGGUGAAUGGAACAGAAGCCCAGCACCCUGGACCCGCUGUCGGAGCCAGAGGACACCCGGUGGCUGGAUGGCAAGCGCAAAAGAAAGAGCAGCCAAUGUUUGGUGAAGAGCAGCAUGUCAGGGUACAUCCCUAGUUACCUGGACAAAGAUGAACAGUGCGUGGUGUGCGGGGAUAAAGCCACCGGCUACCACUACCGCUGCAUCACCUGCGAGGGCUGCAAGGGCUUUUUCCGUCGGACCAUCCAGAAGAACCUGCACCCCACCUACUCCUGCAAGUACGAUGGCUGCUGCGUCAUCGACAAGAUCACCCGCAACCAGUGCCAGCUCUGCCGCUUCAAGAAGUGCAUCUCUGUGGGCAUGGCCAUGGACCUGGUGCUGGAUGACUCGAAGCGGGUAGCGAAGCGGAAGCUGAUCGAGGAGAACCGGGAGCGGCGGCGGAAGGAGGAGAUGAUCAAGUCGCUGCAGCAUCGCCCCAACCCCACCGCGGAGGAGUGGGAGCUGAUCCACGUGGUGACGGAGGCCCACCGCAGCACCAACGCCCAGGGCAGCCACUGGAAGCAGAAGCGGAAAUUCCUGCCCGAGGACAUCGGCCAGUCACCCAUGGCUUCCAUGCCCGAUGGGGACAAAGUCGACCUGGAGGCGUUCAGCGAGUUUACAAAAAUCAUCACCCCGGCCAUCACCCGCGUGGUCGACUUUGCCAAAAAACUGCCCAUGUUUUCGGAGCUGCCUUGCGAAGACCAGAUCAUCCUGCUGAAGGGCUGCUGCAUGGAGAUCAUGUCGCUGCGGGCGGCCGUGCGCUACGACCCCGAGAGCGAGACGCUGACGCUCAGCGGGGAGAUGGCCGUCAAGCGGGAGCAGCUCAAGAACGGCGGCCUCGGCGUCGUCUCCGAUGCCAUCUUCGACCUGGGCAAGUCCCUCUCUGCCUUCAACCUGGACGACACCGAGGUGGCCCUGCUCCAGGCCGUGCUGCUCAUGUCCUCAGACCGGACGGGGCUGAUCUGCGUGGAGAAGAUCGAGAAGUGCCAGGAGACGUACCUGCUGGCCUUCGAGCACUACAUCAACUACCGCAAACACAACAUUCCCCACUUCUGGCCCAAGCUGCUGAUGAAGGUGACGGAUCUGCGGAUGAUCGGCGCCUGCCACGCCAGCCGCUUCCUGCACAUGAAGGUGGAGUGUCCCACCGAGCUCUUCCCCCCCCUCUUCCUCGAGGUCUUCGAGGACCAGGAGGUGUAGGGCUGCCACCCCCCCCCCCCCCCGCCCCGUGCCCCCCCACCCCCGCUCCGCUCCCCCCCGCCCCCCAAAUUUUUCUUAUCCCUGCCCCCCUCCUCCCAGGGGCGAGGGCGGGGGGAUGCUGCGCCCAGGGUGGGGGUCCCGCCGUGCCCCCCCGCGGCUGCCACCCCCCGCCGCCCCCCCCGCGCCCCAGGACUUGACGAAUUUUGUUUGUUUGCACAGGGAAGGGCCCCGACGGUCGAGCGUUUCCUUUAUUGUCCUUCUCUUCUUAGAUUAUUAUUUUUUAAGCAUUUAUUUCCCUCCCUGAGAGGCUAAAAUAUUAAACUAACUGCACUUUGGAAGGAGAGGAGAGGAGGAGGAGGAGGAAGAGCAGAGGAGAGGAGAGGAGGGGGCUCUGGGCUGCACAGGGAGAGGCUGCCCCGGCCGGGGGGGCCGCGGCCACAUGCACUUUUGGCCGGGCAGCGGCGCGGGGGCCGGGGGGGGCCAGGACCCCCCCCCAUAGCGGCGUGGGGGGCACGGGGGGCACAGCGGUGGCGAGGGGGACCCCAGCCCGUAGGGGCGCGGGGCUGGUGGACCCCCCCACAGCCCACUGGCCUCUGGGUCUGCCCCGGCUGGGGUGGCCCCCCCUGCCCCGCACACAUGUCCCCCCCCCAGAUUCGGGGCCAGAUUCGGGGCUUUGGUUUUCUCUGUCUUUUUUUUGGGCUGAGAGGAGAUGAUUUUGUGCCAAGCGCCGGUGGAUGGUGGGCGCUGCGGGACGCCGGGGGGGGGGCCGUGGGGACCCGCUGCGGCCGCCCCCCCACACCCCCACCUUUUCCGUUGUCCUUUUUUUGUUGUUUUUUCCCCUCGUCCUCGUGGGUUUAUUUGUCGUGUCCGUCAGGAGUUGCAAUGGCCCCAGAGGCGCCGGCGGGGGGGGGCAGCGGGUGCCCCCCCGGGACCCCGCACAGCCCCCACUGCACUACUGCCCCGGCCCCCUGGCAGCAGCACUUUGGGGGGGCUGCAUCCCCCAACUGCCCCCCCCCGCUCUGGGGGGGGCCAGGCUGCGGCGGGGGCCGGCGGGGGGCCGGGGGGGGGGGCCAGGGGUCCCGGCUCGGCGGGGGGCAGGGCUGCAGCGGGGGCACCCGGGAAUGGUUUUAUCACCUUUUUCCCCCCCAAUUUAGGUUUGUGAAUUUUUUCUUACCUCAGGCGGAGGCCGAGGGGGGGCGCGGGCCGGGGGGCGGCCGGCGAGGCAGGCAGCCUGCCGGGGCCCACCUAAGCUAAUAUAUAUAUAUAUAUAUAAAUAUAUAUAAAAUAUAUAAUUUUUGUAAUUAAAAAAAAAAAAUCUUUUUACGGGUCGUUUAAAAGCAGAAAUCCCAACACGAGACACUUCCCCCCCCACCCUGGGCACAGGGGGCCGGGCCGGGCUCCCCACCACACCCCGGCCCCCCGCCACGGGGGUCGUGUCUGGGGACCCCGCCAGACCCCCUGCAGCCGGGUCGGGGGGUGCAGUGGGGCCAUGGCGUGGCAGGGCCGUGGCACCCAUGGGUGCCCUCGCGGCCGGGGCGGGGGGGGGUCUCACGGUGCCCUCGGCCCCUCGCAGCAAGGCCAGCUUUGCACUUGGUGCAACAUGUCUUAAAACUCUCACCUCGGGUGUCCGGCACGGGGUGGGGGGGUCCCGGCGCGGCCCCCAGCGAACACGGCUGCGCCGGCACCGGCGGCGGGUUGUGCAAUAGGAGCCGGUGCCGGGAAACACUAACGCCCGCGCUGGGGGGGGGCACAGGGUUUGGGGAUUCAUCCCCCCCCCCCCCCGGCAGCACCGGCCCCCCGCCGCCCACGGUCACGCCGAGCCCUGCCCUGCGCCGGCCUUAACACGUGCCUUCGGGCCGCGGGCGGGGGCCGCGUCCCCCACGGCACGGCGGCCGGGCGAUGCCCGUGCCGCGCGACGCCGGCGUGACGGCCACGCGUGCUGGAGCGACGCCCGCGCGAUGGCCGCGCCGCGCCGGUGCCGUGGCCGUGCCGCGGCCACGCGAUGCCCGUGCGUUCCCGUGCGCGGUCCGUGAGAAGCUGCGCGCCGACCACGCGCCGCCCGCCCGCGUGGCAGGGCAGAGCUGUCGCGGCAUGUGUCUUAAGCAGCAAAACGUGACCCCCACGCAGCCGGGUGGGAGCCCCCCCCCCCCCGGGCGGCAGCACGGUGCCCUGGGGUGGCUCGUCCUGGGGGGGGGCACAGCCCGGCCCCCCGCCCCGCUGGCCAGCAUGCCCUCGCACUCCCCCCCCGCGCCGCUCCUUCUCGUCUCCGUCUCGCGUCGCCAUCGCACGUCCAGCGUCGGCCCCGGCUUCGCCGGGGGGGCAGAACCGGUGCCCCCCCCCCCCCCCCCCCCCCCCCCCCGCCACCUCCCCCGGGCCAUCCCCAUCCCUGCGUCCCCAGUCCCCGUGUCCCCCGUCCCCCCCAAGCACAUACCUCAUGGCUCCCGGAGCUGCCCCUGCUUGGGGCCGCGUCGAGCCCAGCCGGCACGGCUCGGCAUGCCCCGGCAUGGCUUGGCACAGCCCGGCGCGGGGUCCCCCUACUAUGCAUGGUGCCGCGGUGGCGGCGGGGGCCGCGGCCGGCGUCGCUGAAUGUAGGGCGCGGGACGGGGGGGCCGCUGAGCUCCGUGACAAUCACAGUCUGUGACGUGCGAUUUUAAACCCUUUUGUGUUUUGGUCAGGAUUUUAAAGAAAGAUAUUUUUAUGGUAA